AUGACGCAAUUCUCCGACGUUGACCGUUUAGCGGUCUCGACCAUCAGACUGCUCUCCGUGGACCAGGUGUCCAAGGCCAACUCCGGCCACCCCGGUGCGCCAUUGGGGCUUGCGCCUGCGGCGCACGUGGUGUGGAAGCAGAUGCGCCUCAACCCCAAGAGCCCAAAGUGGAUCAACAGGGACCGUUUUGUUCUUUCGAACGGUCACGCUUGUGCGCUUCUCUACUCGUUGCUACACCUAUUCGGCUACGACUUGUCGAUCGAGGACUUGAAGCAGUUCCGGCAGGUCGGGUCCAAGACCCCUGGGCACCCUGAGUACGAGCUUCCCGGCGUGGAGGUGACCACCGGCCCUCUAGGCCAGGGUAUCUCCAACGCCGUUGGCUUGGCGAUCGCGCAGGCGAACUUGGCUGCCACUUACAACAAGCCGGGUUACGAGUUGUCGGACAACUAUACGUACGUGUUCUUGGGCGACGGCUGUUUACAGGAGGGUGUGUCCUCCGAGGCUUCCUCGCUUGCAGGCCAUCUAAAGUUGGGCAAUUUGAUUGCGUUCUAUGACGACAACAAGAUCACCAUCGAUGGCCACACUGAGGUGUCCUUCGACGAGGAUGUCUUGAAGAGAUACGAAGCAUACGGGUGGGAGGUGUUGAACGUUGCCAACGGUGACGAGAACCUAGAAGACAUUGCCAGUGCCUUGGAGCAGGCCAAGAAGAACAAGGACAAGCCAACUUUGAUCAAGUUGACGACCACUAUUGGGUUUGGCUCCUUGAAUGCGGGCUCCCACACUGUGCACGGCGCGCCAUUGAAGGCGGAUGAUGUCAAACAGUUGAAGACGAAGUUGGGCUUUAACCCAGAUGAGUCCUUCAUUGUGCCUCAGGAGGUUUAUGACCUCUACCACAACAGCACUAUCCAGCCAGGUGCCGAGUCCGAAAAGGAGUGGAACGCUCUACUCGAGAAGUAUGCGGGUGAGUACCCUAAGGAGGCAGCAGAGCUAAAGAGAAGAUUGGCUGGUAAGCUACCAGAAAACUGGGAAUCAAAGUUGCCAGUUUACAAGCCAACUGACUCCGCCGUCGCCUCGAGAAAGUUGUCUGAAAUCGUUCUCCAGUCUAUCUUCGAGGAUGUACCUGAGUUGAUUGGUGGUUCCGCGGACUUGACUCCAUCGAACUUGACGAGAACGACCAACGCUGUGGACUUCCAACCACCACAGUCUGGAUUGGGUGAUUACUCAGGCAGAUACAUCAGAUUCGGUGUCCGUGAACACGGUAUGGGUGCUAUAAUUAACGGUCUAUCGGCCUACGGCGCCAACUACAAGGUCUUUGGUGCUACGUUCCUCAACUUUGUCUCAUACGCUGCUGGCGCCGUCCGUUUGGCAGCCUUGUCAGGCCACCCAGUUAUCUGGAUUGCUACACACGAUUCUAUUGGUUUGGGCGAGGACGGUCCUACGCACCAGCCGAUUGAGACGUUGGCUCACCUAAGAGCUAUUCCUAACAUGAUGGUAUGGAGACCAGCUGACGGGAAUGAAGUAUCUGCCGCAUACAAGGUGGCACUUGAGUCCCAGGACACUCCUUCUGUGAUCGCUCUAUCGAGACAGAACCUACCUCAGUUGGAUGGUUCCUCGAUCGAAAAGGCAUCCAAGGGUGGCUACAUUUUGCAAGACGUUGAGAACCCUGAUAUUGCCAUUGUAUCCACUGGUUCCGAGGUUGGAAUUGCUGUCGAGGCUGCCAAGCUGCUUGCCGAGAAGAACAUGAAGGUCAGAAUUGUUUCUUUGCCAGACUUCCACACAUUCAGCCGUCAGCCUAAGGAAUACCAGCUAUCUGUGUUACCAGACCGUGUGCCUAUCUUGUCUGUUGAGGUCUUGUCCACAUCUGGCUGGUCGGAAUACGCUCAUCAGUCUUUUGGCUUGAAUAGAUUCGGUGCUUCGGGGAAAGGCCCAGAGGUUUACAAAUUUUUCGAAUUCACUCCAGAAGGCAUUGCUUCCAGAGCAGAGAAGACUGUAGCCUUCUACAAGGGUAAGGAAGUUUUGUCUCCAUUGAACAAAGCUUUCUAA